CCCUUUUUCUUCUAGGACCCUAACCUUGACAUAGGAAACCGACUGGGGCUGAGAAUUCCACCUUCUCUAAAGCUCAGCAACCCCUCCCAUUCACGCUGGAGCUGAUGCCGCUGGACGCAAGAGGCUAGGCUUAGAUGCUGUACGGGAGACCACUGGCUUUCGUACUGAGCCACGGCUUAGUGAUCCGUUCUGCGGAACCUAGGACCGCUUCCCUCAGCCUCUCCCGUGCCGGAGGUCCUACAUAGAUGCCGGUCCUUCAACCAGUGACAGCUCCCAACGGACGACUGCUGGCGAUUUUAACCACUGCAUUGCUUCAAGCUACAGACUGUCCAUCUUCAGCCUAUGACAGGGUUCUUGUCAACCAGCCCAUAAGUGAUCACCCAAAUUCCAUUCUAGAGUUCAUGGAACCACUGUCUUGGGUUCCCUGGGAAAAGACUAAGAUGAGAAGAGACAUGAGCAAAGUUUACUGGGGGGGUAAUGGUCUCAGGGGACACACAUGUGAGAAGGUGAGGAAAGAGGAUCAGGCAAAAAGGGAGAUUGACACAAGGAAGUUACAGGAGCCUCAGCUGAUCUGUGGGGACUUGGAAGCUGGAGUGGCCCUUGUGCUUGUUCUACUUCAAGGCAAAGAGACCAGAUCUUUGCAUCCCUGCACCGACCAGUCGUUGACAUGGGCCGUGUGGGGGAGGUGCUUCACAUUCCGCAGGAGACAGCCAUCAUGCAGCAGGAGAUGGGGAGGAAGACUGAGCCCUUAGACGGCCAUGUGGCCUUGGGGAGUCCCGAGGCUCUGGAGACCCUCACAAGCAGAGUGGGAACGGUAGUGCUGCCUCUUGAGGUGCUUGUGGCCAAGAGCACCGACACGCGCCACUCCCUCCACCCGGCAGCAUAGGAAGAGGUCACUCCUGGAAGGAGUGGGGGUGACAAAGGGGACAGAGCCUGGGCAAACUCCAGGCUCUGGUCAUGCACGGGACCUGGCCUGCCCUUCGACCUUCUCCCACUAUCUCUACCUCCCCAGCCCGUACACGUGUAAGAUACAGAUACUGUAGUGCAGGAGCUGAGCCAAUUGGUUUUAAAGUCAUUUCCUUAUCACUUCCCUGUCAGUAGUUGGCGUGCCUGUGCAGACGGAGGGCGGCAGGUGGACACGGCUGUCUUCACCAUGGCCUACGGCUGGCCCCUGGCCCGAGUCAAAGGCUGGCUCCAGCUCCGCAGCCAGCUGGGCCGACAGUGCCUGGCGGAGUUUCUGGGUGUGUUUGUGCUCAUGCUCCUCACCCAGGGGGCUGUGGCCCAGGCCGUCACCAGCGGAGAGAGCAAAGGCAACUUCUUCACCAUGUUUCUGGCCGGCUCCCUGGCCGUGACGGUAGCCAUCUACGUGAGCGGUAACGUUUCAGGGGCCCACCUGAAUCCGGCCUUCUCCCUGGCCAUGUGCCUCCUGGGACGUCUGCCCUGGGCCAAGCUUCCCAUUUACUGCCUGGUGCAGCUUCUCUCGGCCUUCUGCGCCUCCGGAGCCACCUACGCGGUCUACUAUGAUGCCCUCCAGAAUUAUACAGGUGGGAACCUGACAGUGACUGGCCCCAAGGAGACGGCCUCCAUCUUUGCCACCUACCCUGCCCCUUAUCUGUCCCUGAACAAUGGCUUCCUGGAUCAGGUUCUGGGCACAGGAAUCCUUAUUGUGGGGAUCUUGGCCAUCACGGACACACGGAACAAGGGAGUGCCUGCGGGUCUGGAGCCUGUGGCUGUGGGGCUGCUGAUCCUAGCCAUCGGGCUAUCCCUGGGUGUCAACUGUGGGUUCCCACUCAACCCUGCCCGCGACCUGGGCCCACGGCUUUUCACCUAUGUGGCUGGCUGGGGUCCUGAGGUCUUCAGUGCCGGGAAUGGCUGGUGGUGGGUGCCUGUGGUGGCCCCUCUGGUGGGGGCUACGCUUGGCACAGCCACGUACCAGCUGCUGGUGGCCCUCCACCACCCCGAGGAGUCAGAGCCAGCUCAGGAUCUAGAGCUCGCGCGACGGAAAGCCUCAGGCUUGGAGACAUCUGCCCCAGCUCGGCGGCCGCCGCUGUGAUUCCCACAGGACAGCGCUCACCGCCCGCGUGGACGCUGCGGGGGGCCAGAGGUCCGGCGCCGGGGACAGGACAUUCUUCCUCUGACGAAUGCGCCGGCUUCGCGGUCCGCUAUCGAGGCACCCUUUCCUCCUAAGCCGGAGAGGAUGCCUGCGCGGGGCGACCCGGGGCCAGCCCCUCCGGUUCUCCUGCGCUCCGCCCUCCUCCCCGCGGCCCCUCCGCCCUCCUCCGCUCCGCCCGCGGCUCCGCUCCCCGAGCUGGUCUUUGGACCCCACGGCUGCUGCGGACGCAGCGCCUCAAAGCAGCCGCCAGAGGGCGCGCUCCGGAGAGGCGCGGGGGGCCGGGGGCGGCCGCAGCGAGGGGCCCUUGCUGCAGAGCGCGGUCCCCCUGCAGGGCUCCCAGCCCCGGGCCUCGGUGCGGCCGCCCUGCCCUCGCGGGGCGGCUCUCUGGAUGGCGAGGGGGCGAGCCGGGACUGCCUGGCGGCCGGGAGCGCAAAGGGGGAAACUGAGGCACGGCCCAGUGCCCAGACGCUCCAGCCGUCCGUCCCGGAAAGGGGUGCGGUGAGCCGCGGGGCGAGGCCCCGACUCCGAGGCCGCGGGGAGCGGGGUGAGCGGGAGGGGGAUGCUCGCGCUCACGCCCCUCCAGGGGCCGCGCUGCCGGGCUCCUUUCCAGCGAAGAAACGCGCCGGCCCUGCCUUAGGGGCGCCGGGCUGGCUCUGUCAGAGGAACUUGCGACGCGAUCUCGGGGUCGUGGGUUCGAGCCCCUGUUGCGCGCGGACAGGACUGAAAUAAAUAAACUUGAAAGAACAAAAAA